AGGAUCUUUAUUACACACAGAUCUAUUGCUUAUAUGGGGGGAUGUUCCCUCAUUAUGGGAAUGUCAGUGAGUAAGUGGAAAUAGAAAGUGAAAGUGAUUUGAGCAGAAGCUGCAGGACAUGGAGCGACAACACAUUCUCCUCAUUUUCCUCUUCUCAUUCCUCCCCCAAUCAGAAUCUGCUCUGGAACUGACAGUCGCUCCCUCCCAUAGAGCCACAGUGGCAACAGACACCUCCAUCCCCUGCACUUUCCAUGUGGACAGACGAUCAGUGGACCCCAAACUUCUCACAAUAUUGUGGUACUUUCGGGAUAAAGAGAUUCUCAGGUACCCGGGUACAGAGGGGACCCCAAACUCCAGGUUGUCCCUAAACAAAGACAGGACAAAGGAUGGGGUCGCCUCCCUGUCUCUCACUAAUGUGCAGAUAUCAGACGGGGGGCUGUACAAAUGUUCUGUGGGUUACGGUUCUGAAAGGAAAGAGAAGGAAGUCCGACUCGAUAUUCAAGCGCCCCCCAGUAUCAAUAUAACUGACAAUGUUGUAAUUGAGGAUAAGGAGAGCGUCCUGAGUGUCUUCAUCACCGGCUUCUACCCCGUGGACAUUGAUGUUAAGUGGCUCCAAGACGGGGAGAUACUCCCUGGUGGAACUUUGCUCACCCCCCAGAGAAAUGCAGAUGGUACAUACCGAGUCAACAGCACACUCACCAUUGUACCCACCAAAGAGAACCGGAACCAGACCUUCUACUGGUGGGUCCAACAUGGGUCUCUCUCUGUCCCUCUCCAGGAAGGAUUCAAGUUGGUAUAUGGAGCUGCUCCAUCUGUGUCCAUCUCCAACAAACCCUUCCACCAGGACAUGGAGCAGACACUGACCUGCCGAGCCUGGGGGUAUUACCCAGAAUCCAUUGUUGUCAGUUGGUUCAUGAACGGAACAUUUGUGCAGAAGUCUAAGACUCACAGAAUUAGUGGCUCUGAGGUGGAGUCAAGCUUUCAGUUUACUCCGAUGGUGAAGGACACAGGGAUGGAGCUGCUCUGUGUGGUGGAACAUGGAACCCUAAAGGAACCGAGUAGCCUCAGGCUGCUGGUGGAGUUCCCAGAUCUGAGAGUGAACAUGAUGGUGAAGAUGAUGAUGGUCAUUUCAGCCGUUGUUUAUGUCCUCUUACUAUUUGCCACAUUGUAUCACAUGGAGCAUCAGAAAUAUAAACCCAAGGUGAGAGACAUUAUCUGCUCAGAAAAAGGGGAAUUCAGCUUGGAAGUGGACAAUGUCUUCCCUGAACCUAUCAAUAUCACUUGGGAUGUUACCCAACCAGCAAUGAGUCCAUACUAUAAACCUCUACAGUCUUCUCUUCUCAUGAGUAAAAAACAGGAUGGCACCUUCCAUGUCACCAGCACCUGUGAGCACCUGAUGGACCAGAUCAACCCCAAGGAGUCAUUUUCUCUCCGGGCCACCGUAGCACACUUGCAACUGAAACAGUCAGUUUGUAAGGAAUGGAAUGGAACAGAAUUCAUGAAAUAUGUUGUGUUGAGGCCAGUGAUUGGAGAAAUAACCAAACCCAUUUUCUAUCCUAACAAGAAGGCCAUGAUACAGUUCCAGAUCUCUCAUUAUUUUCCUGAUGCUCUGACUGUGAGUUGGUAUAGGAAGGAGGCAGGGAAAGAAGAUUUGGUUCUGGUAACUAGAAGUGGGAGGUACAAGAUCCCAAAUAUUAUACCCCAAAAAGAGAAGGAUGGGACUCUCACCUGUACGGCAAAUUUGUCUUUUACUCCAUCACUGAGUGAGGAUGAAGGAGCAGAAUUUAUUUGCAGAGUGGAACAUCCUGGCCUGGAGGAGGCGAUAGAGAGUCGCACAGGGCUGAUACAUGUGUGGGCUCGUCCCAAGGUGAGUGAGUUCAGAAUGGCAGGAGAAUGGGGUCUCUCCUUGGAGGCGGAGGGGUUUUUCCCUAGAGACAUUGGAUUUUCCUGGGAAGUUGUGCAGGGAAAUAAAAGGAAAGUUACAAGUCUCCCAUGUGAGUUCAGCAUUAGUGAAAAUACUGAUGGGACCUAUAAAGCCACAAGUACCUGUCACUGCCUGAAGGAUCAGCUGAACUAUCUGCACACUCUGAGGGUCUCUGUCCAACAUGAAGCUCUGGGGGUCCCAGUCUGUAAGGACAUAACACAAGAUUUCCCAUGGCGCCCACAGGUGGGAGAGAUACUGGUACCAGAACUGAUUGAGCUUGAGGAAACCCAACUGACAUGUAACAUCUCCAACUACUUCCCUGAUGCUCUAACUGUCACCUGGUUUAUAAAGAACAAGGGGAGUGAGGAAUUAACUGACGUUACUCAUUAUAUCAGGUACCAACCUGACACUGUGUCCCAGUACCAACCGGAUCAGACUCUCACCUGUACAGCAAGUUUGACUUUCUCUCCAUCACUGGGCAUGGACCUUGGAGCAGAAUUUAUCUGCAGAGUCAAACACCCCAGCCUGGGGGAGGAGAUAGAGAAGAGCACAGGGACAUUAUAUGUGAGGGAUGGUCCAACAGGUCUCAGCCCAUCAGUGGAACAAUGGGAGGAAAUUGACUGAGGGCAGGAGAUAAUGGAAUGGUCAGUUUGUGUCAGUGCCACUUCUGAUGGGUCUGUGGAAAACACUGAUUUAAGGAUUAAGGACAUAUUCAAGGUAUAUAUAGACAAUAAGUACUGAUACCCCAAUAAGUCUGCAUUUAGCUCCAUAAUAACAAUAGUCAGAGGCAUCAGGGCAGAUAAUCCAGUACUCAGGCUCCACUAAGUCUCCACUCACCAGUAUGUGUGUCUGUGAAGCUUCUCGGCCUCUUCAUGGAAACAAUAGGAACUUGCUGGGAGGUGGGGAUUGAAGGGUUACCUUUAUGUUACACAAUGCUACACAAUCAAUGUAUGUGCUGUUUCUUCUCUGCAACUGUUAUUACUUACUGAUAAGCGAUGUAUCCUGUCAGAAGAUGUGUCUUACUCCUAUGCUAUAGAUCAUAUGUUUCUUAUACAUUAGCAUAUUAGAAUGUUCUUUGUCCUUGUACUCAAUAUAAGCUGUUGUAACACUACCAAUAAACUGAACUUGUUUUGAGUCUCACUGCUUGCUAGUGUCUCUCUGUACAAGCUCCCGGAUCCGAGGAAUGUACGGACGCGAUGUCCAGGAGACCCGUGGGCAUCAGUAGCCGGGCCAAUAGGGGCAUAAAGAGGGCCACAAAGGGAGGCUCGGAGGCCAGUCUCCGGCACAUCAGUUCUACUGUUUCACUUACUCUUCCGCCAUCAUUUACUUGGGACUGUGGAUGGAUUUUUGUGGCACUUCACAACUGACUUUUUAUUCACUUACUUCCAUAGUAAAAUGUGUUUGGUCUUUACAAAAUAAAGUGAAAAAUGUCAUGUG